AUGGAUACAGAAAAAAUUGUUCGUGUAGUUAAAGAUGCCACGUUCUUAGCAGUAUGUGCAGACGAGGCUGCUGAUGCGGCCAACAAGGAACAGCUUGCACUCAUCAUUCGGUUUGUUGAUAAAUCAGGUCUUGUUCAGGAAGACGUCUUGGAGUUUUUGCAUUGUGCUUCUGGCGUUAGUGGCGAGGCAAUUGCCCAGAAUAUACUGUGUGUGCUGGAAAAUCACUCCCUUGAUGUCAAUAUUCUAGGUGGACAAGGUUAUGACGGAGCGGGGAAUAUGGCGGGAAAGUAUCAAGGAGCCCCUGCUCGCAUUCAGCGCAAUCGUCCUAAAGCAAUUUAUGUCCGCUGUGCAGCUCACAUCCUCAACCUAUGUAUCGUUGCUGCUUGCAAGGUGCAGGGGAUUCGCAACAUGCAAGGCACUUUAGAUCAGAUAUUCCUUUUCUUCAGUUUGUCUCCAAACCAGAACAAGAGCUUCAGAAUGGAAUCUUUCCAAGUUUUUAUGGAACUAUUGCCUUCGGUAGUCACUACACUGGAAGUUGUCAGCACUGGUCAAGAUUGGAAUGUAGAGUCAUCUACUAAAGCUGCAACUCUUCUGACUUCAAUAACGCAGUUCAAGUUUAUAAUGGCAUUAGUAGUAGCACAUGCCUGCUUUGGCUUUGUGAAGGGUUUGACAGUUUUCUUGCAAGGCAGAUUCCAAGACAUCUGCUCCGCCUAUGUUGAAGUUGAUAGCGUCAAGACUGCUCUGUUUGAAACGUUUAGAAGUAAUGUGCCGACCCUAACCCCGGAAGAUUACUAUAGAAGUGAUUUAACAGUUCCAUUUCUGGAUGAAAUGAUAGCACAUAUUAAUAGUCGCUUCUCUGAAAUUCAGAAGAAGGCGAUGAUGGCUCUGUCGCUCGUUCCCUUGCCAGAGUUCUACGCAGACGACCUCCCCAACCCAUCAACACUUCGGCAGGAGCUACACGUAUGGAAGUGGAAGUGGAAGAGCUUUUCAGCUGAGCGACCUUCGUUGCUUUCAAAGUCUCUUUUCCAUGCUAAUGAGACUAUGUUUCCAAACAUCUGCCAGUUGUUGAGAAUUGUCUCUACCUUGCCAGUCACCAGCUGUGAAUGCGAGAGGAUCAUUAGCGUUCUACGGAGGCUUAAGACAUACCUGCGUACAACAAUGGCUGAGGAGAGACUGACUGGGUUGGCACUCAUGCACGUUGACUAUGGCAUGGAUCGGAAUUUAGAUGAAAUUAUUAACAUAGUUUCCAGACAACAUCCUCGUAGAAAGCUUCUGCAGGAUACUUUAGUUAGUGACAAAGAAGGUUCAGAGUAA